AUGUCGUCCAUCCUCCGCCCCGCUGCUCGCGCUCUCGGCCGCCGUGGUCUGGCCACCCCCGCGGCUCACCCCUCGCUCAUGACCCCCGUCCUGCCCGCUAAGAUUCCUGCGGCUCUCUUCCUCAAGUCGGGUCAGGUCUACGAGGGCCAGAACUUUGGCUCCACCAACUCCAAGUGGGGUGAGACGGUCUUCUCCACCUCGAUCACGUCGUACACCGACUCCAUGACCGACCCUUCGUACCGUGGACAGUUCCUCGUCUUCACCUCUCCCAUGAUCGGAAACUACGGUGUCCCUUCGAACGCCCCUCGCCCUGAGACUCCCGGCAUCCCCUUCCUUGAGUCGGACGCCGUCCAGUGCGCUGGUGUCAUCGUCUCGGACGUCGCCCUCAAGUACUCGCACUACCAGGCCGUCGAGUCGCUCCACGAGUGGUGCGCUCGUUACGACGUCCCCGGUCUCACUGGUGUUGACACUCGUGCCAUCACUACCCUCCUCCGUGACCAGGGUACCACUCUCGGCCGCAUGGCUGUCGGUGCCGAGGAGAUUGCCAAGGGUGCCCCCGCCGCUGCCGACUACUGGGACCCCUCCAAGGACAACCUGAUCGCCCAGAUCUCGACCAAGCAGCCCUACACUCUCAACCCCAACGGCACUGGUCCCCGCAUCGCUGUCCUUGACUUUGGAUCCAAGGCCAACAUUCUCCGCUCGCUCGUCAAGCGUGGCGCCGUUGUCGACGUCCUUCCCUGGGACUUUGACUUCAACGCUGUCCGUGACAACUACGACGGACUCUUCCUCUCCAACGGCCCCGGUGACCCCAAGUCGAUCAUGCCCACCGUCGAGCGUGUCCGCAAGACCAUCAACGAGUGGAACAAGCCCAUCUUCGGUAUCUGCAUGGGUCACCAGAUCCUCGGUCUCGCCGCCGGCAUGGAGGCCUACCGCAUGACCUUCGGCAACCGUGGCCACAACCAGCCCGUCCUCGCGCUCGCCUCGUCGGGCUCGAUCAAGGCCGGCCGUGUCUACGUCACCUCGCAGAACCACCAGUACGCGCUCAAGCUGACCGAGGACUUCCCCGAGGGCUGGGCUCCGUUCUUCAUCAACUGCAACGACUCCUCGGUCGAGGGCAUCAUCACCACCCCCGAGAGCGGCAAGCGCAUCUGGGGCUGCCAGUUCCACCCCGAGUCGGCCGGCGGUCCCCUCGACACGAUCGAGUUCUUCCAGGACUUCCUCGACGCGUGCGCCAACCCCAACUCCAAGAUUGACGACGUCAAGGAGGACCGCUCCGUCGGCGAGCUCCGCCGCAAGGACCUCGCGGCCGCCAACCAGCCCACCGUCCAGUUCUAA